AUGGCGUCGUUGCGUGACAUGCUUUUGAGCCAGGAGCUGGCGGCGGCCGCGGCCAUGUCGGGGGACGCGUACGGGAGGUUCGAAAGGUACAGUAUGAGCUCUGCCCAUGGUUUUCCCCACUACCAGCAAGCUGGUAACGCUCCGACCGGAUUCCCCGACACGGGAUUUCUCGUUUCCGGCUUCGGCAUGCCUCCCUCCACCUUCAUCAUGGCGGCGGGGACCCACGCGGCCGCUGGUUAUGGCGCUGAGGCCGUCCCGGUGGAGAUCCCCGUGGUCGGGCGACAGACACCUGCCUCCAGGAACGCCAGGGCGACGCCGUUCAGAGGACCGUGGACGGAGGAAGAGGACGAACUUCUCAGGAGAUUGGUAGAUGAGCAUGGGGAGCACAAGUGGGCGACCAUUUCAAAGCACCUCCCGGGACGGAUCGGCAAGCAGUGCCGUGAGCGAUGGACAAAUCACGUGCGCCCCGGCAUCAAGAAGGACCACAUCUGGACUGAGGCGGACGACAUACUGCUGAUCGACGCGCACAAGAUCCACGGAAACCGUUGGUCGACGAUCGCGAGGUGCCUCCCCGGCCGGUCGGAGAACGCCAUCAAGAACCACUGGAACGCGACAAAGCGGAGCCUCAAGUCGAAGCGCCGGCAAAAGAAGAAGACAAGCCAACAAGCCGCCCCGGGGCAGUUCACCCUCCUCGAGGAGUACAUCCGCGACAAAAUGAUGGCUGACGAGAACGUGGCGCCACCGUCUCCGUCGUCCGGCCUCGGGUAUGACGGCCAGGUUUUUCCAAAUGCCGCUGCAAUGCUGGCCGUCUCGAACCCACCGGGGAUGGGUCAGUACCUCCACCCAGCCAACGCGGCCGGGUCAUCGUCCCAAGCAAGGAUAAUGAACCUAAGCGUGCCCUUGCCGGACCUCAACGCCGCCUACAGCGGCGAGAUGCUGGAGCGAUACUACGACCCGGCCUCCUUCCCGACCUACAGCAACAACAACCUGCUGCACCAUGGACCAGAGCCUGCAUUUCUUCAGAUGUUUAGUGCCCAGGGACGCAUGCUUGCUGCAUGCACCAACCUGAAAUUGUUCCCGCUCCCUCAGCACCUCGGUGGCGGCUACUACGGCAGCGAGACGGGCAGCAGCAGCGCUGGUGGCAGCAGUGAUCAGGACGAAGACGUGGUCCAGAUGGCCUCGAGGGAGUUCCAGCUGGACCUCACUGGACCUCGCUGGCUUCAACUGACACGGUCCGUCCACCGGAUCGAUCCAGUACCUAUCCAUUGAUUUUAGU